AUGGCCUCCGCCCCCACCACUGCCGGGGCCGCCUCUUCUCCGUCACCGGCGUCCUCGCGGCCCACUGCCACACCGGCCGACACCGCUGCGAGGCCACCGGCCGCGCCCCCGCCCCUCACCUCUCCCCCACCUGCCGCUCCUCCACCCUCCUCCCACUCCCACUUGCAGCCGCCUGGGCCUCCUCGACAUCCGGCUGCUCCUCCUCCAAGGCCACCGCUGCUCUCGCCCCCUCCAACGUCCCCGACGCCGUCUGCCGCUCCGACGCCCUCGCUCUCUCCGCCAGCGUCCCCGGCCCCUGCAUCACCUCCUUCCAACGCUCCUCCGCCAUCAGCACCACCACCGACUAGACACAGGACAUUGCCUACGCCUGCCAUUGCAGUUGACCCGGCCCACUCCGGCGCCGUCAAGAACCCAAGUUCGAACAAGUCGUCCAGCCCAGGUGCGCCGUCCAGGAGCCCAGCUCCUUUUGGCGGCCUUGGUAAUGGUGUUGUCAUAGCCAUCGCUGCUGGGGUGGUCGCCCUGCUUGUACUUAGCCUCCUAGUCACAGCAGUUUGGUUCAACAACAAGCGCAAGAGGAAGCAAAUGAAUGGUUACAGAGCUGGUUUCAUGUCCCCUACCUCGCCUUUUUCUUCACAGCAACCUUCGGGUGAAUCUGCAAAUGUAGGAUCGUCAGUUGAUCCUUCUGUCCAUACCAAGUAUAGCGCCGGGAGCCCCAGGCUGAAACAAUGCUUGUCUGAUAUCAGCAUGGGCAACUCCAGGUUCUUCUCAUAUGAUGAGCUGUAUCAGAUUACUGAUGGUUUCUCAACUCAGAGGCUGCUAGGGGAAGGAGGCUUUGGGUCGGUGUACAAGGGCCGCCUGCCAGAUGGUAAACAUGUCGCCAUUAAACGACUAAAGGAUGGUGGCGGACAAGGGGAACGCGAGUUCCAGGCUGAAGUCGAGAUAAUUAGCCGUGUGCAUCACCGUCAUUUGGUUUCCCUUGUGGGAUACUGCAUUUUCAAUGACCAAAGGUUACUUGUAUAUGACUUUGUUCCUAAUAACACGCUGCAUUAUCAUCUUCACGGACACGGAAUGCCUGUGUUAGAGUGGUCCAUGCGAGUUAAAAUUGCUGCAGGUGCUGCUCGUGGAAUUGCUUAUCUACACGAAGAUUGCCAUCUGAGGAUAAUUCAUCGAGACAUCAAGUCCUCAAACAUUUUGUUGGAUAACAAUUUUGAGGCAAAGGUUGCUGAUUUUGGUCUUGCGAGGUUGGCUUUGGAUGCUGUAACCCAUGUAACAACCCGUGUUAUGGGAACAUUUGGGUACAUGGCUCCGGAGUAUGCCUCAAGUGGCAAACUGACUGACAGAUCAGAUGUAUUCUCUUUUGGUGUAGUUUUGUUAGAGCUUAUUACUGGUCGAAAACCUGUUGAUGCAUCGAGACCACUAGGUGAUGAGAGCCUCGUCGAGUGGUCUAGGCCAUUGCUUUCUCGAGCCCUGGAUACAGGCGAUUUGGGAGGGUUGGUUGACCCCAGGCUUGAGAUGAAUUUGAAUGAGGUGGAGAUGUUCCGCAUGAUCGAGGCUGCUGCAGCCUGCAUUCGGCACUCAGCAUCAAGGAGGCCCAGAAUGAGCCAGGUGGUGCGGGUUCUUGAGAGCUCAGCGGACAUUGACCUAACAAAUGGCGUUCAGCCUGGGCAAAGCCAGCUCUUCAACGUGGCCAACACGGCGGAGAUAAGGAUGUUCCGGCGGAUGGUGGCCGGCGCGCAAGAUGACGACAGCUCCGACUUGACACAAUACGAUUGGAGCAGAGGUAGUGACGCCGCCCCGAGUUCCAGGAUCUUGAAGAAGAGGUUGGCAGUUCAUGCAGAUUUUUUAGACAGUCAAGGUCAAGGACAUGGAAAUUGA